CUGGUUGGCCUUCUUCAAAUGUCAUUGCAGUAAAAUGUCUAUACAAGGAUGUACAUUUAUGUACCUAUGUGUUGUUUUGCUUAUAAGUGGAAGAUGUCAACCACCUGAAUCUAUGGGUGAAUCCGACACAUUUCAUGGUGCUAAUCAAUAUGAUUUCUCUAUCAUUGUUGAAGGAGGUAAACAGGAAUGCUUCUGGCAGUACGCUGAUCAAAAAGGCAAUUUUUACUUCAACCAUGAGGUUCAAUGGGUAAUGGGAUUACAGAACGACAGAGCUAUCACUGCCACAAUUAAUGCACCCAAUGGAUAUUUGAUAGAAACAUCCAGUGGAACAAGUGGCCAAAUUAACUUCAAAACAACUGAAUCAGGUUUUUAUCAACUUUGCUUGAGCAACUUCUUGUCACAUUUUGGAUCAAAACAGAUCUUUAUCAGUUUUGGAAUUUACUUUGAUGAUUUUGCUGAGAAGGAGGAAACAGUAAAUGUUCAACAGAAUGAUACCAUUUCAACUAUUCAGGAAACAACUAUGAAAUUGCACAACUAUGUCUUCCAUAUGUGGAAAUACUAUAAUUUUGCAAGGAUGCAUAAAGGAGCUGAUUACUUUGUCGCGCUGGCACUCAAUAAUUAUGUGUUCUGGUGGUCAUUUUCCCAGAGCGUAAUCAUUGUCUUAUCUGCUGUUGUGCAGCUUUAUUUUCUCAACCAGUUGUUUGUUGUGAAAGCCACCACUGCAAAUGAUAAGCCUAGGUGCUAGACACAGUUUCAUUUAAGAAAUGUAAUUGUACCAAAUUGACGGAACUAUGACAUUUCUUACAAACAUUAUCUUUGGAUCUAGUAUUUGUUUUUAUACAGAUCUCAAAUAUUAUUAACCAAUUCAUUGUAACUAUUUUAGUUUCAAAACAGAACAAAAGUUGAUUCACCAGAAUACAUAAAAAGGCCAAAUACAUCUGUCUGAAACCUGUAAGAUCAUAGAUAACCAUAUCUGCUCAUUUUUUUAUUACAUUCAAACUUUAGAAAUGAUUUAUUUUCCAGACAUUACAUUUCACCAAAUCUGGAAGGACACAGCAUGACAAAGAAAAUUAUGAUUUUUUUUUUUUGCUUU